CUAGUUUAGAAUCUGCACUUUCAAAAAAAAUUUUUGUUUGUUUCUAGGUGUUGCAAGUGAGAAACAAUAUGAAAUUAUUAUACUGACUCUAACUACAACAUCUGAGACGGGUUCUCAACUUUUUUUGGCCAGUGACCCCAUUUUACGGGUUCAAAAGUCUCUCUGUAUACGAUCACAAAGUUAGUUAAGCCAAUGAGAUUUUCACUUCUGCGCUCGGCGGCGGUAUUUUAGCCGAUGCCGGAGACUAAAAUAUCACCCAUCUGCUGUUUAGAAUGUGGGCAUACACUACAAAAUAUAGCAUGACUCUUGUAUUCUGUAGUGUUUCUAGCUAGAAACUAUGCCUGUGCCAUACAAAACUACACUUAUUUUUGUUUUGAAUAGCCUCUUUGAGUGCUGCCGAAGUGUCCAUUGUAAAGGACACACAAAUAGCGCAUUUUCAAAGUAGCAUUUUCUUUCUUUUCUGUGUUCCUAUAAAAUGGCAUAAAGCAUCAUUAAAUUCCUGUUUUCACAGAUUUUUUUUUUAAAUUGCACUUAGGAAUUUUUGUUGGCAAAGUCCCAACUUGUUACCAAAAGUAAAACUAAAUCUUGUAAUUCAUUUUGUAAGAGCUCAUGACACUGUAUUUUUCUCACACUGCUUACCAUACAGUAAUAUUCUGAAAUGCCGUGACACGCACAUGUCUCUCCCGAGGCAAGUGCAUGGAAAGUACCUCUGUAACAAACACAACUCCCACCGGCAUGAGGCAACACUCACACAAAGGGACUGUUUGUGUCUUACUGUUGCCUAGAUGAGUGAUAUAUCUGAAUCAAGUCUAGGAAUAACAAAGUUAGCUGCUCAACUGUUGCAAUAUCAUCAGACUUUUGCAUUUGUUGUCAGUCUCAGGUGUGUGGUUACAUGUUGGUUUUCAGUUUCCCGUUGAUCGUUAAUACCAGGAAAAGAUGAUACUGGUUAGUGGCUUUAGCUUGCCAGUGUUUCUAGUAUGACACAUAUGCUGUGGUUUCCAGCAGAAAUAGAUAAACACUGUAUACACCAUGAUGUUUGGUGUAUAUGUUUCCCCCCUCCUGUGGUCUGGAACAGCAUCAUAGUUUUAAACUAAAAAUGGUGGCUAAAUUGCUCACUCUUUCCAUUGCCCUGGCCAAACAUGAACUGUAUUCUUCCAGCUCUUUGUUGUUAAUGAAUAUAGCACAAUGUAAUGUCUGUCACACUACUAUUAGAAUUAAGAUUCUUUGGAAAUGAAAUAUAUUUCAUUUCAGAACGUUCCCACACACUGGAAAGGUACAUUAUGCUAAGAGUUGCUUUGCAAUAUUAGUAUCAAAAGCUUCAAAAAGAAGGAAAGGUGGUGUACACGAGGCAAAAAUACAGCGGAUUGUUGGGUACAUGCACUGCUUCCUACAUAUUUCUACUAAAAUGUGGUUAACUCAUUUACUUGCGGUCUAGUCUGAUAUCUUCAUAGAACCCAUUGAUGAAUAGCACUAUGUUAAUACUGUCUAAGGUUUGCAGUUGACAUAAUAAUAAUAAUCAAUAAUAAUACAUAUUUCACUUUUUGUGUUGAUUAGUUAUCUAGUAAAUUUAAUUACAUAAUUAUGUCCAACAGACAUCCAAAUCAUAGACUCAAGGCUUAACCACUUCUGUCCUUACAACACGUUUCCACAUUCAUGUUCCACGUUCAGGAGAUGAUUUAAAUUUAUACUUAUUGUUAGCUAGAUGACUAGCUAAGAGGUUAUGUUACUACAAACACUGCUGGUUAUAGCAUCAGCAUUCCUUUCUUUGUACAGCUUAAAGGAGCUUUCCAGCAUAAAUCUAGUGUGUGUUUGUCACAUUUUUGUAGCUUUCUUUAGUCUCUCAGCCUGUUUUACAAUUGUUCUGUCCCUACAACAGGUCACUUCUACAUUUGCCCGAGAGCCAGGAAGUUGUAGUGACGAUUAGUUUUGAGUACUUGGAAGUCACCUUGAUCAUCUUGAACAUGUCAUGGAAGAUGUCAUACGCUGUCAUGAGUUGUCAUGACUGUUUAUGCCCAAUGAUACAACAGUCACGGUAAAAAUUUUAGUAAUUGCCAUGAUGGCUGUGUGACCCCAUGAUAUCUUGGGUCAUGUGCUAGUUUUGAGAUAUGGAGUAUGGAGCUAGUUUAACAAACAUGGUGGUAAAAAUAGUCAAUAGUCAGAAGAAGAAUAUAGUAGAAGAUGUCAAAAUUUCACCAUGUAAAGGGUUUUCAAGGCUGCCACACAUAUAUAGUAGAUGCAAGAUGAACCACACCCCAAGGCAUCUGUCCAGUUGUCUUAUUGAAUAAUGGAAUGAUUGAAUAAUAAUCAAUAUCUAAAGAGCACUGCUCAUCAGCAGACUGUGUCAAUGUGCUGUUUCACAUCUGCUCACUCCUACAAUUAGAAAAGUUAAAAGUCUGUCUAUAAAAAUGUUAUUAAAUGUGCUGUCUGAACAUACAAAGCCCACUGAAAUGAAUGUAAGCAGUGAUAGCAAACUGACCUCUGUUAACACCAGACCAGGCUGCCUAGCCGGAAACCAUUGAUUAACAUUAACACACACACAUGCGCACAUGCACACACACGCUUUGUAACUGCACCACACUGGUUUAUAAUGCAUUGUGAAAUAAGAACCAUGCUGCUCUUUAAUCAAUCCUGUUACUGUGAAAAUGACAGCCAAGUGUGUCUUUGGGUCAGUAUGAAGAGGUUGCAAAUAAAUCAGCAUGUCUUUUUACAUCGACAAUGACUUUGAUUGUAAAUUCAUUAUUAAUAAUUACAGUACGUAGUGUUAAAAAUGGAACCCUUUGCUUGUAGUCUGAGUUUUGUGUUAUGUUUAACUGCAAGCUUGAUUCCAGCCGGCCAAGUGAGUGUGUGUGUGAGUGAGAAUGUGUGAUAAUGGGUGGUUGGGUGGGGGGAGGAGGCAGUAAGACACUGCGCAGAAGCACAUGGGUGGGCUCGGCAGGAAGUGAUGAGGUCACAGAAAGAGAGAGAGAGAGAGGGGCGGUUGGAAAAGAGAGGGGGAGAGAAAGCAGAACGAGAGCUAUGUGACAUGCUUUCAGAGAUGAGCUCAGCACUGGGGGCGUGGAGAACUGCCCUGAGAAUUGCCUCUCCUCUCUUGGCUGCUGGCUCUGUUUUGUUUUUCGACACCGCCGUGUUUCGCUAGAAUGAGCUUAGCCUAGUCGCUGUCAUGGUGGGCGACCUAUUUUUAUGGGGAUUUUGCUGUCUAAAAUUGUGGAAAAGGGAUAAGAAGGUUGCAGGUGAGCAGAAGUAUCACCCCGAGUGUUUCACCUGCCUGAACUGUCGCAACUUCAUCGGCGAUGGAGACAACUACGCUCUGGUGGAGAGGUCCAAGCUCUACUGUGGACACUGUUAUUAUGAGACGAUCGUGACCCCGGCGACCCUGCCUGACUCUCCAUGCUCGCGAAUCCCUCACACAGUAACGCUGGUGUCUAUUCCAGCCUCCACAGAUGGAAAGCGCGGCUUCUCUCUUUCCAUCGAUCCGGGAAGCAGCCCAAACGGCUACAGUACUGACUACAACCACACAGUCCGCGUGUCCCAGGUGGAUUCCGAUUGCAUCAGUCCAGAUGUGAAGAACUCCAUACAUGUUGGUGACCGCAUCCUGGAGAUCAAUGGCACCCCCAUCCGCAAUGUUCCAGUUGAUGAGAUUGAUUUGCUCAUCCAAGAGACCAGUCGACUCCUGCAGCUCACCAUCGAGCAUGACCCCCUCGACUCUGACAACCCCAGCAGCUCGUUUGAGGAUCAAGUGGACGGCCCGAGCCCACUUCCUGAAAGACACAGCCCGGUCCCACCAAUCACACAGCCACCGAAUCAUGACAUCAACAACCUGCGCUCCCGCAUGAUCACGCGUAGCUUCAGUAUUGAUAAGUCACCAUGCUCCAGUAAUGCUGCGUCCCCUAUGUCUCUGAGGAAGGAUAUUGGACGCUCCGAGUCUCUUCGUGUCACGACAAACCGCACACACAGAAUCUUCCGGCCAUCUGAUCUUAUCCAUGGAGAAGUGCUAGGAAAGGGCUGCUACGGUCAGGCUAUUAAGGUGACCCACAGGGAGACAGGUGAGGUGAUGGUCAUGAAGGAGCUCAUUCGCUUUGACGAUGAGACCCAGCGGACCUUCCUUAAGGAGGUAAAAGUAAUGAGAUGCCUGGAGCACCCCAACGUCCUCAAGUUCAUCGGGGUCCUCUACAAAGACAAGCGGCUGAACUUCAUCGCCGAGUACAUCAAAGGAGGCACCCUCAGGGACAUCAUUAAGAAAAUGGACAGUAAUUUUCCCUGGAACCAGAGAGUGAGCUUUGCCAAGGAUAUUGCAUCUGGAAUGGCCUACCUACAUUCCAUGAACAUCAUCCACCGUGAUCUCAACUCUCACAACUGUUUGGUCAGAGAGAACAACAGUGUUGUGGUAGCAGACUUUGGGCUCGCUCGCCUAAUGGUAGAAGACAAGAACCAGGACAAACUGGGGAAGAUCCAGGGUGUGAAGAAACCAGACAGGAGGAAGAGAUACACGGUUGUAGGCAACCCUUACUGGAUGGCUCCAGAAAUGAUUCAUGGAAAGAGCUACGAUGAGAAGGUGGACAUCUUUUCCUUCGGCAUCAUGCUGUGCGAGAUUAUUGGCCGAGUCAAUGCAGAUCCAGAUUACUUACCCCGAGCCACAGACUUUGGCCUCAAUGUGAAUGGAUUCCUGGAGCACUAUUACCCUCCGGAUUGCCCCCGCUCUUUCUUCCCCCUGGCUGUCUUGUGCUGUGACCUGGAUCCUGAGAAACGGCCUGCUUUUGCAAAGCUGGAAGAAUGGCUUGAGAAGCUAAAGAUGCACUUGAACAUGCGCUUCCCGCUGGUGUCAGAGCUGGAGCAGGUCCAUCUAGACUUCUGGCAGAAGCAUCCACCUGAUGAGAACAAGCUGCCCACUCAUCAAGAGCAGCCCGAGUAGCCAAUCAGGAUCUGAUCUCAUGGUGUUCAUUCCAAACGUUGCGAAAAACCUGCUGGAUGAGGGGUGCUUCGACUUGGGCAUUGGUGCCAUUCCAAGCUAUUGGACUGGCAUUCAGUGAAGUUCUCUCCAUAACUGGAGGUCCACAGUAGGAUUUGGAGCACAGUCAAUGCAGAUUCAGUGGGUUUUGAAAACAACGUGGAAGAAUUCAUUUUCCUUCCUCCUGAAAUCCAGGGCAUCAUUCCUCUACUCCACUUCUUCAAUGUCUCAUCAGAGUUAUUGACAUCCAGUAUACACGUUUUAGCUGAAUUAUUGAUGUCACAGCCAGUUAUAAAAUGGUGUGUCCAUCUACAUUUCAUUCAAACUGUGUAAAAAGGACCCAUUUUCUAGAGUUCUAGAGCACCGUGUUCUGUAAGUCAAACAAGAAAGUAGUGCAUGUUUGUAAAUAGUCUGUUCUUCUGCCCUGCUUGUUGUUUGGCAGUGAAUACGAGACGAAAUGGACUCCUUUGAGAUGAAUGAGUGUGUACAAAAUGCUUCCUUUAGUUUUGUCUUUCAAUCCAUGUAGCUUUGACAAUGUUUUGUCUACCACAGGGGUGUCAAACUCAUUUUAAGUAACGGGCCACAUUAUACUUAGUCCAGAUCCGAGUGGACCAACAACACAUCAACAACUCCUCCUAAAUGUGUUCGUUUAUCUGUAUUUCUGUGGAUGGUACAUUCUGAAUACACAAAAGGAUGAAACAUAUUUCACAUGCAAAAUAGAUAAACAGAUGGCAAUUCAUUACCCCCUCCAAAUUUUCCAAAUGAUAGUUUUACCAUACUGUGCCUUGCAUAAGUAUUUACCCCCUUGAUAUAUUUUCCCUUUUUGGGGGGCGAGGAGUAUCAGUAUAGGUUUAAAAUUUUUAUUUUUUUUUUAUUUUUAUUUUUUUUAAACUAGAUGAAAACAUGUGAUUGCAUAAGUAUUCACCAUCAUUUCUAUGAAACCCCUAAAUGACUUUAUUUGGAAAGAGUCAUGGUUCCAGUGUCAUUUUUAGCUUGCUAAUGAAGAAGUACAUAUCAUUAGCACAUUUUGACAGUAGCUAAAUUUAUGGCCCUGAUUUUAUCGCAGUGUUUUGCUCCCUAGUAAAAUAACAAAGACUAGCUCUUUUUUUUUUUUUUUUUUUUUUUUUUUAAACUUUUUUCAUUCAAUUACAGUCCACAGGAUGAUUUCUAAAUUCAUUUGGUGGGCCACAUUAGGGUCAAACCCAUCCAUACGUCUGACACCCCUGGUAUAAAACAAGGUACACUCUUCUUUUGGUACAUUACACCAUAUACACCCUUAAAGUGAGACCCUUAAAAUAUACCCAAGCCCAAAACAUAGUGUAUAUACCUAAUUAGAUUACAUAUUGUACAUGUUUUAGAUAUUGUACAGACAUUAUUUUGUAUACACUUAUGACAUUGCCAUAUUUUUAUUGAGCUGUGGGUUGAAAUGAACGACUGAGAGACUUUCUUUCCAUGCAGAACAGGAUUGUGUGUGUCUUAUAGGUCUUUCUAUAGGUGUCCAGGUUUUUUUUUUAUUAUUAUUUCUGGCUUUUGUGAGUGUUUUAUUUGCUCACACUUGCAUCUACUUUAUUUAGAUAGUAGUAUUACACACUGUAACAUUUGGUCUCUCACAAUCAGGUGCAGAAACAGUGUUCAGCUGAGAAAACGGCAGGUUCACUAUCAUCUUGUUCCAUGCAAACUCUGGUGUAAGAAUGAGGUCGGCAUAAAAAGAUGAAAAGAAAGGAAAUCUGUUCAACAACACUCUUGUGGUUUUAGUCCAUUGCCACCUCAAUGAUGUUUGCCUGCGUCUCACUAGCGUGUGAAACUCCCUAUGGGAGACGUCCUGUUUACAGAACUUGCAGCAUGUAAAUAUGUCUAUGUGGUCAGACCCAGCAAUUUUCCUUGUUUCUCUUUUUCCCCCCGGCCUGUUGGGGAUCGGCUGCAUGGUGCCUUGGCUGCAUGAGGGUUCCUCCACAAAUUUGGCUAUUCUUCUAACACAGAAAAUGCUGUUUUUCUGGAAGUAAACACAGCGGAGGACUGUGUACAGAUAGCAGUCACAGGCCAAGAGAUGAAAAAAAGAAAUCUUUUAUGUACAGAACCACUGAAAAAUUUUGUAUAGAUUUUCCACUGAUUUAAUUUGCACUAAAUAUGGAAAUGGCGAUCAAAAGAAAGUGGGCGCCUUUUUUUCCUUUCCUAAUGGUUACAAACAAAUGGAUCAUGUUCUGAUUCUUAUAUGAAUGCAAGACACUGAUAGUCUUUUUGUAAAAACGUUAGUCCUGGGAAACAUUUAUUCUCAGUAGCAAAUAAGUCUGAGAGAACUUGCAAGAGAUGUGUGUAUAUAUUGUCCAUAUGUGAGGCAUCUACUGUACAUAAGACUCAUUAUGUUCAUGUGCGUUUAAGACAGCGAGAAAUCUCUUUACACUUUCUGUCAUUCUCCUUAAUGCGUUACUGUAUGUUGUGUCACGUGAGGGGAGAUUGUAGGCCAGCUAUAUUUUUAAGUUAAUUGAUUAUAUUCUAUAUACUUAUUUUUGCUGAAACCUACAAAAGCCAUAUAUUCCCUAGAUGGGACUUGGCAUCACAUUGUAAUAAGCCGGAGUGUGUCAAAAUACUCACACUACAUGUAAAAUAUUGUAGAAUAUGCAAUAGUGCAAGAGGGAAAAAAAUUAAAUAAUCGUAAACAUACAUUUCUGGGUAAAUUCUGUGGCUGUUUUAAUACAUCUCCAUGGUAUUUCAGUACUUAAACUGUAAGCGUUUCUUCCAAGUUUGAUACACAGGGGUUUGGAGCCCAUGGGCUCUCUGCUGCCUAAAGAAAGAUCCUUUGUGAAAGAUGUUUUGUAACGACUGCUUAAUCAUACAAUGUCAUUUUCACUGAAUGCUGCUUCACCUCCAUUGAAAGCACUUAAUGUCCUAGUCUAGUAUUGAACCUUGAUAGUCUAGCUCAGGGCAUCAUUACUGAGGAAAAAAAAACAAGUUAUUACUGAUGUUAGUAUUCCACUUAAAGUACAGUGAAAAUCCCAAUGUGCACGCUUGGCUCUUCAACAAUACACAGUAUAUACAGCAAAGUGUACAUUUUGAUCCAUGUGAAAAGUGUAUGGGCAUGUAACCUGGAUGUGUUUCCACCUUUAUGUCAAGCAUGAUGACUGUGAGCUUUUAUGUGCGAAUGCUGCAGCAGUCCUUCUUUGCAAAGGAUCGUUUUACCUCUGAAUAUUGCUGUGCCUUUGUUUUAAGCUAGCCUUGCCAACGAAUCGUAGAGCAUUUUGAAAUGUUUUUUUUGUUUGUUUGUUUGUAAAGUAAUUGUAAGCCCGAUCGAUUUGAUUUUCUGUCAUUGCUGAUCUGUUGAGAUGAGACUUCCUGUUGCUUUCUAUAUUUAUGCUGUAUUUUCCAUAUAUUCAUUGUCCAGUUUGCUAUUUAGUUUUAUGACUGUUUUUUUUUUCUUUUAAUUUAAUAGUUGUACACAAGCUGUGAAAAAAAAAAAAAACAUAUUCUGCACUUUAAAAUUCUGGCCAUGAAAAUUGAGAAUCCAAGGAGUCGAUUAUAUUUGAUUGCAGCUGGAAUAAAACUGCCGCUCCUGAACAGUUAA